AUGGGGUUGUCUUCUGUAACCAAUUGGGCCACGCCGGCCAGACUGGCUGGCCUGUUGAUGCUCCCAAUGCUCCCUGUUCAAGCGUCUGUUGAGGACGUCAAGCUCCUCCCAACACCUCCGAUGGGAUUUAACAAUUGGGCUCGGUUUGAGUGUGAUCUCAAUGAGACAUUGUUUACUGAUACUGCCAAGUCCAUGGUGAGCCGUGGUCUUCUGGAUGUGGGUUACAAUCGCCUCAAUCUUGAUGAUUGCUGGAUGACCCAUGACCGUGCUGCAGAUGGGUCCUUGCAGUGGAACUCUACCUUGUUCCCGAACGGUAUUCCGUGGCUCGCCAAGUUCGCCAAGCAACAUGGCUUCCACCUUGGCAUCUAUGAAGACUCGGGCAAUGCCACUUGUGGUGGUUACCCAGGUUCUUAUGGACACGAGAAGCAGGAUGCCGAAACCUUUGCAGACUGGGGCAUCGAUUAUCUCAAGCUAGACGGAUGCAAUGUCUUCGCUGAGGAUGGUCGCUCCGAUGCAGAGGAGUAUCGCGUCCGCUACCACAAGUGGCACAACAUCCUGAGCGGCAUGGAGGACCCGUUGAUCUUCUCCGAGUCUGCACCAGCCUACUUCUGUACCAACGACACCGAUUGGGCCAAAGUGAUGGACUGGGUGCCCUACUACGGAGAGCUGGCCCGUCACUCAGACGAUGUGAUCACCUUCUAUGCAGAGGGUAGCCCAUGGGAGAGUAUCAUGGCCAACUACCACUUCCACACUCGGGUUGUGCGCUACCAGAUGCCCGGCUACUAUAAUGACCCCGACUUCCUCAUCCCCGACCACCCAGGUCUAAGCAUGGACGAGAAGAAGUCCCAUUUCGCAAUCUGGGCCUCUUCAGGUGCUCCAUUGAUCAUCAGCGCCUACAUCCCCGAUCUAUCAGACGACGAGAUCGAAUUCCUCUCCAACAAGGAUCUUAUCGCCGUUGACCAGGAUCCCCUCGCCGAACAAGCUGCUCUAGUCAGCCGCGACAGCCACUUCGAUGUACUGAGCCGCUCCCUGGCAAACGGCGACCGACUAGUCACCAUUUUGAACACCGGCAAAAACACUGCAUCUACAAAAGUCUCUCUCGAGAAGCUAGGUCUAGACUCAACCUGCCAGUAUCGUGCCCGUGAUCUCUGGACCGGCGCCGUCUCAACGAUCAAGAAGAGCAUCGACAUUACCCUGGACAGCCACGCUACCAGCGUUUACCGCAUUACACCCCCACGAGGAUGCACCAGCGUUACACCUACAGGCAUGGUCUUCGACACAAGCUCAGGCCGCUGUCUGACGGCAGGAAAGACGGUAUCUUUCGCCUCCUGCCAGGCAUCCGAUUCUCAGGCCUGGCGGGUCUCCGGCACCGGCAGCAAACUGACUAUCAGCCCGCUGUCGGACGUGAAGAAGUGCCUUGUGGUCGGCAAAUCUGGGAUCGAUCUCGUGUCAUGUGGGAGCGGGUCGAGUGCGACAUGGACUUACUCUAUUACUGGUCACUUGCAGAACACUAAGGGUGGUUGUUUGACGGACUCCGCCGGGGCUGCGAAGGUGGGAACUUGUAAUCAGGAUAUCGCUGGGCAGAUCAUUGGGUUGCCGAGUGGCGUUCGCUUGGCUGAUGUGGGGGUUCAGCAAUGA